ACGGUCACACUGCCGUGCAUUUUCAUACACAAACGCUUGUCGUGUUGGAAUUUUUGAAGCAUAAAAUUAGGUAAAUUGUGAUUGUUUAUCGGCUUUAAGCCAAGAUUCCUGUGACGAAUACGAUCUUUCGAGUCUUGAUAUUAAAACGUGACAAAAGCGUGAACGGAAUACACCCGGUGACUUUGCAAUUGCUCAAUUCUUUGUCGCGAUCACCACGACUUUUGUCGGUCGAGGAGAGAUUGGAAGAAAAUUGGAAGGGCCUAUCCGGAAAGCAAUAAUCAAAUAUCGCCUUAUCCUUCGGCUGUUCUAGAAAUAUUCAAUAUUUGAAAAGCAGUCAUACCCACGAUGAGCACCUCCAAAGAGGCAAAGGAAAAGAAGGUGAAAAUUAUUGGAGUGGAGAACAUUUCGCCGCCCAAGGAAAAACGUCCUGCCACCAGGAUGAAGCUGUUAAAUGACAUAGGAGCCGGUGGAGAUGCAGACACUUCAGCCAGCACAUCGAAAACCCCUACAACUAAGCAGGAAAAAAGGGGCAGCCUUGCGGGAGCGCGGGUCAAAAUACUCAACGAUGAUAUAUUGGCUACCCCAAAACCGGAAAAAAAAGGUGCCACCAAGACCACAAGUCCAGCCGGCUCCACUGUCAAGAUCCUUAACGAUAAAAGGAUACCCAGCGCUACUGUAACAUCUGUGGAAACGGCCAAGAUCAAGACUUCGCCUAGCAAAAAAAAGAAAAUGGAGCACUAUGUCCUCCAGGCUGUGAAAACCGAAAACAGCAAGGAUACCACAUCAUCCGUUGUGGUCUCUGACGAAGAUGAAGAGACCAUUGCUUUUAUUCUGGCCGACGAUGAGGAAGUUGUGCCAGGGCGGAUUGCAAAGACCAAUGGUCAGGAGAUCGUAGUCGACGAAGAGGAAGAAGAUGAAGAAGAUGGCGAAGAGGAUGGAGACGAUUCCCCUGUUAAGGGUAGCACCAAUCAAGUGGGAAAGAUCAAGGAGAUCGUGGAGCACGUGUGUGGCAAGUGCUACAAGACUUUCCGACGCGUCCAGAGCCUUAAGAAGCAUUUGGAGUUCUGUCGCUACGAUAGUGGUUAUCAUCUACGAAAGGCCGACAUGCUCAAGAACCUGGAGAAGAUCGAAAAGGAUGCCGUCGUCAUGGAGAAGAAGGAUAUAUGCUUCUGCUGUAGUGAAAGUUACGACACCUUCCAUCUGGGCCACAUAAACUGCCCCGACUGCCCCAAGUCCUUUAAGACACAGACCAGCUACGAGCGACAUAUCUUUAUUACCCAUUCGGAGUUCAGUGAUUAUCCUUGCUCCAUUUGCAAUGCCAAUUUGCGCAGUGAAGCUUUGCUAGCACUCCACGAGGAGCAGCACAAGUCCCGUGGCAAGCCGUAUGCCUGCAAGAUCUGCGGCAAAGACUUUACUCGCUCUUAUCAUUUGAAGCGCCAUCAGAAGUAUUCUUCAUGCUCGUCAAACGAGACCGAUACCAUGAGCUGCAAGGUGUGCGAUCGCGUCUUCUAUCGGCUGGACAAUCUACGGUCGCAUCUGAAGCAGCAUUUGGGAACGCAGGUGGUAAAGAAGCCGGAGUACAUGUGUCACACCUGCCAGAAUUGUUUCUACAGCCUGUCCACGCUAAACAUUCAUAUACGCACACAUACCGGGGAGAAACCCUUCGAUUGUGAUCUUUGCGACAAGAAGUUCUCCGCUUUGGUGGCCCUUAAAAAGCAUCGCCGCUAUCACACUGGCGAGAAACCCUACAGUUGCACUGUGUGCAACCAAGCUUUUGCCGUCAAGGAGGUGCUCAAUCGGCACAUGAAGCGGCACACUGGAGAGCGACCACACAAGUGUGAAGAAUGUGGCAAGAGCUUCAUCCAGGCCACCCAGCUGCGCACCCAUUCCAAGACCCACAUUCGUCCAUUCGCCUGUGAUCAGUGCGAUGAAAAGUUCAAAACAGAGAAGCAACUUGAGCGCCAUGUAAAGGAGCAUUCCCGCACAAAGCGUCCAGCUUUCUCCUGCACCGAAUGCAAGCGUAGCUUCCGCACCACAGCACUGUUGAAAGAGCACAUGGAUGAGGGAAAACACAGCCCUAAACCACAACGGGCCUCCAAACGUGUACCAGCUAAAAUCAUGGAACGUACGGAUUGCGCCAUUUGCGACAAGAACUUUGACAGCAGCGAAACCCUGCGCCGUCACAUUCGCACUGUGCACGAAUGCGAUCCUGAUGACAUCUUUGGCAUUGAACCACAACCUGCAAAGCGCCAAAAGAAGUCCCAGGAAACCGAAGUGGAGGAAGUUGUGCCGGUGGCACUGAACUCUUCGGCGGGGUCGCUGAUUUCCAGCCAAACGGAUGGCAAUGGUGUGGUGGUGCGCGAAUUUCUGGUGGACGAGGGCGAUGGCACUGCCCAGACUAUUACGCUGGAAAACGAAACCUACACGAUUCUGCCUUUGGAUGGGGCCAUCGAAGGAGAGCAGCUGACGGAUGAAGCUGCAGUCAAGCCUGAAGGCAAAAAGGACGAAGCAAAGGUGUCGCCGGUGGUCAAAAAGGAGCAGCGCAAAUCCCUAGCCGCCAGCUUGGCGGCUGCCAUUGCAGAUAAUCUGGAUGAUGCCUCCAGCGAGGAUGAUGUUUCCGGUGAAAUCCUCACAGAAGAGGAUCUGAAGCUCAAAGUGAACGUGGGCAAGCUGAUUGACAUGUUGGUGGAUCCGCCGAUCUUGAAGAAAUACGGCUGGCCCAAUGCUCCCGAGGAAAUGGUGCUUUGCAAGGUGAUCGAGAACUGUGGCCACGAUUUGACCAAAGGUGCCGAGAACUACGCGGAGUUGGAUUAUGGCAGCCGCAUGCGUGAAUAUUGCAAGCUGCUCUUCACCGUGGUCAUUCACAACGAUUCCAUCAAGUCGCUGCUAAACAAUUUCCCCAUCGACGAUGUCAUCGAGUAUGUUUUGGGAGAUGAGGAUCAGGAGGAAGGUGGACUCAGCAAGGAGAAAGAUAAGGGAUCGAUUUCAGAGGACGACGAACCGGAGAUAAUCACAGGAGAUGCUGAAGAAGAGAAAACUCCUGCGAAAGUUGAAAAGAAAUCGCUUUCCGCGGAAACAGAAGAAGAAUUAACCACAGAGAAACCUAAAAAGGAAACCAUCCCAGCGAAAACCGAAGAAGAAAAAGUUUGACUUGUCAGCCUUUGAUGCAUGGUUUAUUAUGCAUGUUAUAAGCGCACAUAUUUUUAUAAUCUAAACUUGUUUUCCCAUAAAUUUAAAGAGAAUAUAAUAAGAAAGAAAGUUUUAUAGUCGAGCUAAAAAUUGUUAGGCCUGACUCGGUUUGUUUACGACAUAUAUUUUAAAGAAUGUUGGUUUCGGUUCAAGCACCAAGUGACCUUAGGAGAGAAACUUACCCGUCUGUUAUUGAACUUUUUACAAACUUACAAACUUACCCAAAAGGAAUGAAACAAACUAUUUGCAUAUAUACUAUUUUUUGAUAUUAUUAUAUACAUGUUAUAUAUAUUCUAAAUUGAAAUAUGUAUCCAAGCAAUAUAUGCAUGUCUAUUUUUAUAGAACUCUUAUUAAAUUGAUAAAACAGCAA